AGGGUUGUUUAAAGGAGCAUGGAAGCGGCCCAGGAAGUCGGUGGUGCAGCCGUUCGAAGUGUCGUCGAGUUGAACGUGGGCGGCGUGUUUUACACGACGUCGUUAUCGACCUUGACGGGUGAGGGAGAUUCGAACCUGGCCGGUAUGUUCGGUGAGAAAUCUUCGGUGGAACGAGACGCGAAGGGGAAGUACUUCCUGGAUCGGGACGGAGUGCUUUUCCGUUACGUCCUCGACUUCCUGAGGAACAAGGCUCUCGUGUUACCCGAGGGUUUCAGGGAGCGGGAACGGCUUCGACAGGAGGCCAAGUUCUUCGGACUUCCGGGACUCGAAAAGGCGGUCAUAGAACAUGCGGAAUCACCUGGAACCGGGAAGCGAUCACCUGGUUACAUAACCGUUGGGUAUCGUGGAAGCUUUGCCUUUGGUCGGGAUGGACUGGCUGAUGUCAAGUUCCGAAAGCUCUCCAGGAUCCUCGUCUGUGGACGAGUUGCUCUUUGCCGUGACGUCUUCGGUGAGACUCUUAACGAGAGUCGUGAUCCUGAUCAUGGAAUGUCCGAUAGGUACACGUCGAGGUUCUUUCUCAAACACAAUUUCAUCGAACAGGCUUUCGACAUGCUUCAGGAACAGGGAUUUCGGCUUGCUGGUAGCUGUGGAUCUGGUACUGCUGGUGGUAGUACUGAACAACUUAAACCUGGCGUUGAUGCUGAGGAGAAUCGGUGGAACCAUUACAACGAGUUUGUGUUUGUACGCGAGUAGGGGUUUCGACAUGAAACCGCAACCUCGUUAUCCAAAGACUUGUUAUUACGUGACGGAUACGUCGGGGAUUACCGUUAAGUAAUCCAUGAUUUUCGGUAACCGAAUCUCGAACGAUAAACUUGAACUUGACUUAACUUG